GACGACGUGUUUCGUCGGAAUUUCGUCGGAAUAACGAUAUUCCGACAAAAUUCCGACGAUUUUUUCCCUCAGAAUCCUUGAUGUUUUCUUGUAGUGAUGGACUUCAGCCAAAUUAUUUUGUGGUUUCUAACUUUUUCAUUCAUUUCAUUCCAGGUCUUCGUAAAGUCUGUAUUUGAUAGCGGAGUAGAUUUUGUUGAUCCUAAACGCGUCGAUCGGCGAGAGAUUUUCCCUCCAUUCAAGUUGGUUGGUUUGCAGGCCAACAACCACCAUAUUUAGAUUCGCUCAUACACUUAAGUUUCCCUUAUAUAUAACUCUUAUACUCUCCCAUUGCUGAUCUGAACACAGACAAUGGCAUAUCGGAAUUUCUGGAUGUAUAUUAUCUUGUAACAUAUUCCACAUUUAACUGUGGCAUUUUUGCAGACCUCGCAGCUAACUGUUAAUUGCAUCUAUAUUACUGUUCCCGUACUCCUAAAUCCAUCAACUCAUUUCGAGUCUGAUCCGAUCGCCUUUCAUUGUUGUAGCAAGUAUAUUUAUUAAUUCUACUAACUAAAUAUCUAGCCGCUAACUUUAUCUUCAAUGAUACGCAGCCACGUAGAUGCUCGUAUCGGAAUCUUCUAUUAAAUGUAGUAACUUUCGUUUAAUCUUUAAUAUGAAUUUUAACUGCUAAACAUAAUAUAAUUUCUUGAGCAGAUGUUUUACUAAAUAAAUAAUUGUUGUAUCAAAAUAUAAAUAAAAUACAAUGUAACAAUUUUAUAAUCUCACUAAAUAUUUUUCCUCAAAGAUAUACCACUAACUUUUGUUUGUAUAAUUAAGGAACCAAAUAACAUUUGCGAGCUUGAAAGUAAUAUACUCUAAAAUUUCAACAAAAAAAUGAAAAUAAAAUAUAAUUUAAAGAAAAUACAAAAUUCAGAUGGAUUGGAGGAGAAGUGGCCUAGCUCUGACCUACGAACUGACACGUCUUUGUGACCUGACAUGCCUCUUCGCUUUACCUGCUGCGUUAGUGCAUUUUUGUCAGGAAGGAGGGGCAUUUUCGUCUUGCCUAGUACCAAAGAACAUGAUGAAGUCUAUUUGUGUUCCAUCAUGUAUAGAAUGUCAAUUUGAACCUUUGUUAGGUGUAGUUACCUUAAUCUCUCUAAAAUAUAAUUAAUUUACUAGAGGAAACAACUAUACCUAAAAGAGACUAAUUAAAGGAUAAGUUGGAGGUCCACUAAGACCAGCAUAUUUUCCUCCCCAAGCUGAUGGGCAUUUUUUCUAUUUCCUAAACAUGCAAUCUAAACUAUCCAACACACCUAGAAAUCCCCGGCGUUCAUCAAUUUGGAGUAGUCGUGCAACAUCAAUAGCAUCAGAUGAUCGGAGAUAUCGGCUUGAAAAAAACCUCAACAACAGCAUGAUAAAAUCGCUUCAAACUUUCAAUAGUCGUAGAUUUUCCUAUUUUGAUAUACUCAUCGGUGGAAUCCGCCGGUAAACCAUACGCCAACAUUCGAAAGACAAUAGUUACUUUUUGUAAACCAGAUAACCCAAAUUUACCGACCCCAUCUCUUCGUUGGAUAAAGUAACUAUCAUAUCUUUGUAUAGCUUCAUAGAUACGCAUAAACAAAGAGCGAAUCAUCUGAAAUCUUCGCCGGAACGUCAUCCCAUUGAACAAAGGAUUAUCAGAAAAAAAAUGAAUCGUUGAAGAGAUCGCAAGAAGCAUUUUCACGGUCACGAUUUAUUACUAUAUGACCGGGAAUAUACACUCCAUGGAAAGCCUCCGAGUCAGCUAGGUUUUGAGCAAAGAGGAAAUUGUUGUUUGCAGUAAUUUGAGCAAGAAGAAGAAGAAGAAGAAGAAGAAGAAGAAGAAGAAGAAUGUAUUUGAGAUGAACUUAAAAUUGUAUUAAAAUUGUAUUUGAGAUGAACUUCCAUAGUUAAAAUUCAUCUUUAUAUGUAGAAUUAGAAAAUGUUGCUGAUAUUGAUAUUAUUUCCAAAUAUGGUACCAUUUUAUGGUUAUUUCAUCUCUUACACAAUUUGUCGUUGCAUUCAUAAAUUAUCUCAUGUGCUUACACAAUUUUUUUUUGCAUGCAUAAGUCAUCUCAUUAGCUUACAUAAUUUUUUUUUGCAUUCAAAAGUCAUUUCAUCUCUUACACAAUUUUUCUUUGCAUUCAUAAGUCAUCUCAUGUCUUAUACAAUUUUUCUUUGUAUUCAUAAGUCAUCUCAUGUUUUACACAAUUUAUCUUUGCAUUCAUAAGUCAUCUCAUGUCUUACACAAUUUUUCUUUGCAUUCAUAAGUCAUCUCAUGUUUUACAUAAUUUAUAUUUGCAUUCAUAAAUCAUCUCAUCUCUUACACAAUUUGUCUUUGCAUUCAUAAAUCAUCUCAUGUCUUACACAAUUUGUCUUAUACAAUUUUUUUUACAUGCAUAAGUCAUCUCAUGUGCUUACACAAUUUAUCUUUGCAUUCAUAAAUCAUUUCAUGUCUUACACAAGUUGUCAUACACAAUUUGUUUUUUAAUGCAGAAGUCAUCUCAUGUCUUACACAAUUUUUCUUUUCAUUUAUUGCAUUCAUAAAUCAUCUCAUUUCUUACACAAUUUGUCUUACGCAAUUUUUUUUUGCGUGCCCAAGUCAUUUUAUUUGCUUACACAAUUUUUUUUUUUUGCAUGCAUAAGUCAUCUCAUGUUUUACGGAAUGUUUCUUUGCAUUCAUAAGUCAUCUCAUGUCGUAUACAAUUUGUCUUUGCAUUCAUUAGUCAUCUCAUCUCUUACACUAUUUGUCUUUGCAUUCAUAAAUCAUCUUAUGUCUUACACAAUUUUUUGCAUGCAUAAGUCAUCUCAUAUGUUUACACAAUUUUUCUUUGCAUUCAUAAGUCAUUUCAUGUCUUACAUAAUUUUGUUUUGCAUUCAUAAGUUAGACAUGUCUUACACAAUUUUUAUUUUCAUUCAUAAAUCAUCUCAUAUCUUACACAAUUUGUCUUUAACCAGCUAAAUCAAACGAAGAUAUUACUAUUUAACCAUCUAAACCAAGCAAACUUAUUAGACAAUUAGUCUUUAACCAACUUAACCGAGCGAAGAUAUUACUAUUUAAGUCAUAAAUCAUCUCAUGUUUUACACAAUUUGUCUUUGCAUUAAUAAAUUCUUUCUGACCAGCUAAACCAACCGGAGAUAUUACUAACACAAGAUGAAAAAUACAAAAAAAAAGGUUCAAAUUUGACCACGUCUAAUCCUUAAAGGUAUUAAGAAAUUUCCAAAUAAUUUCUCUAACAGAGCUGAUGCAUUGCAAGAAGAAGUUCGAAAUGUUAUGUCAUCUCCAUCACCUCAAGUAGAGUCAUCGCCAUCUCCUGGUAUGAAUUCAUUUGAUCUAAAUAUGAAUAGCGAAGAUGCCACUUUUAAUUUAUCUCAAACACCUAUGGGUGUGAAAAAGCAAAGAGAAACAAAAAACAAUCUGAUGAACAAUUUAAAAUAACCAUGGAGGAAAAUGAUAAGCUUAUCAAAGCUAUUACUAAAAGUACUUCUGAAAGAAAUAAAAUUCAAAGAAAAAAAGUCGAGGUACAAAGAAUGAAGCAAGAGUAUAAAAUACUAUUUUCGGAUUUGAACUCUAUAACUGAUCGAGUAGCUCUUGCGUAUAUUGAAAACGAAAGAGAAAUAAUUUUAAGAAGAAGAGCAUCAACAUGCCAACAUGAAGAACAUGGACAAGGUUCACAAAGCCAACAUCAUGGAUCUCAAUAUCAAGCAUCUCAAAUCCAAGGAGAACACAUUUAAGGAGAUCAUGUUCAACGACAAUUAUUUCAAGGUGAAGAUCAAUUGUCACCAAAUGACCAACAAGAUUUUUCUCAGUACUAUUAUUACCUUAAACGAAUUGCCUAAAUUUUAAAUUAAUGCUUUUAGUUUAUUAUGUCAUUUAAUAUUAAUUUGUUGUGUGUUCUGUUUGUUUGGUUUGAGUUUUGUAAUUUUAUGUUUUGAGUGUUUAUUUUAAAUUUAGUAUGCAUUUUAAUCUUAUCCAUCUUAUAGUAUUUAUUUCCAUAUUUUAUAAAUACUAAUUAAAAUUUUACAUUAUUAAAAAUAAAAUAUAAAAGUUCUAUGAUAUUUUAAUUUUUAAAAUAUAAAUUAAAUGAUAAUAAUCAUUUAGUCAUUUCUUUCUUGAAAAAAGUAGUUAUGUAAAAAUAAUUUAAAAAUACAAAUAGUACAUUAUAUUUUUAUUUAGUUACAAAUUUGAACUAAUUA